GAAUAUAUUCUUUUUCGCUACUCUGUCCACCUUAGCGGCAGCACAAGGUGGCGAAGCGGUGUGGACGCGUAUAUAAAGAACCAAAGUUCCAUCUAGGAUCAUAGUUCAGUUUAACCGCCAGGACAAGAAACAACACAGCACUUUUUCAAUAUGUUCAAAGCAUACUUACUCGCAUGUCUUUUGGUCGUGGCUACUGCCAAUCCACUGCUCUACUCACCAACCUAUUAUGCCGCUGUAUCACCAAACCUGCCAAUUGCCCUUCCACUGGCCUACACCAAGCUAAGUGCACCAACUGCAUCGGAAACUUACAACAGUGUGGCAACAGCCAACUCAUUCCAGCAACAAUACCGAUCCGAUUACAAACCAUUGACCUAUUCCGCUGGCUUGAUUUACUAAGCAUGCAACUUGUAUGAAGGCGCAGAGUGUCAAGCAGCGAAGUUAUAUACCACAAUUUUUAGCAUCAUAUACCUUGCAUCAUAGUGCAAGUUUUUAAAUGGUAAUGUGACACCUCUAUUAAUUAUUAUAUUGUGGAAUAAAACAGAAACUGAUUUGAUGAGUUACAUAAA